AUGUCUGAAGUAGCGGAAACUUGGAUGGAGACCUUGGUGGCAAAAAUAAUCAACUGUGACUACACACACUUCAUAAGACUGGUGAUAAUUGUGGGUGGUUAUUUGCUCGUAAGAAAUAUCGCAUCUAGAGAAUUAGCGAAGAAGCAGUUGGCCGCUCAAGUGGAAAAGGACAAACGGGCCAAAGAGGAAAAGAGAUCUAAGGAUUUGAUCGAUAAACCAGGCGAACCUGCAACGGCUGAAACAACUUCUUUUGGUUGGGGUAAGAAAACUAGAAGAAGGGUGAAGAAACAACAAGAGUUGUUUGAAAAUGCCCUAGAGGAGGCCAAGAAGAGACAGCAGACAGUAGAACCAGACAGUGAUGCUGAUAUUGAGGAAUUACUGGAAGAAUAG